AUGGGCACCGAGGCCUCGCGCGAGACGCAUAUGUUGACCGACGAGCGCCCGACGGCCGCCGGCCGCGCGGUGCCAACCGCCAAGGCCACGCGCUACGAGACUCCUGGCAACAACGACGGCAGUGACGACGACGAGCCUCGCAUGCCGCUGCCGGUGCGAGUGCCACUCCAGGCCACGCGUACAGCCACGCAGCAGCCACCUGCCUACUCGCUGCGGGCGCCACCCGCCAUGCCAGCGCACUUGCGACCCAAGAUUCAUCUGCCACGCGCCAAUGGCGUCCUUCCCGGCGACCUCGCUGCCGCGCCCACGAUCGACGACGACGACGACAACAACAACGGAAGCUUGCUGCGGGGCAUGUGGCGGGCGCCGAGCCAUUGA